GAUUAAAUGAACUACAUUUUUCAGAGAGGAAACUUGUAAAUCCGUCCAAUUCGACCGGAACACAGCAGGAGGGUUAAAAUUAUACACCAAAGUUAUACCAAAUUGAAGUAGAACGGUUGGAUGACUGAAAACUAAGGACAACAUUGCAUCAUGAUACAGAACGGGGAAAAUCUAGCUUUAACAUUUUAAUCUACACCCUGGAGAGUGAUGCAGCUAUGCAGGCUGUGGAGAUUUCCGGUGUACAUUAUUAGUGGAUGGCGUUCCGCUCUCAUCUCGCCACGGUCCUCCGCUAGCCGUAGCCAAAUAUUUAUCGAAGGUCGACUCCUGUCCUGGCUCCAGAGGAAGAGGCUGACUCAAUGACUGAGAGCCAUACCGAAAUGGUUUCUGCCCUUCUACUAGUGGACGACCAGAGGUGUAUCACCUAUUGAUAACAGACGUUGUUAAGAGCCGGUAGAAAACAUCCCUGUUGGACAUCGCCAGCCCGACCAAAACCUGCCUCCAUACUCUUGGGCCUCCCCUCACACAGUCAAAACUGCAUCAAUACGUGCGAAGCAGCAGGAUGACUGAGGCGUGGCAGCAGCAACACGCAGUGGCCCCCCCACCCACCGUGGUGCAUAACCUCCCCCCGGGCUCCGACAGCGCCCUGGGCUGUGCCGUGUACGGGAUCGUCCUCCAGCCGGAUGUGGCCUCCCUCCAGCAGCAGCCCCAGCACGGCCAGCAGCAUGCCGUACCCGCCCAGCAGCCUUCCCUACAGGUAGGGGGCGAGGGAGGGCACAAGUGCGGGGCCUGCGGCCAUGACAUAUCCCACCUAGCUAAUCCACAUGAGCACCAGUGUAUGGGGACCGGGGAUCGGUCGUUCCAGUGUACCCAGUGUAUGAAGAUCUUCUGCCAGGCCACUGAUCUGCUGGAGCAUCAGUGUGUACAGGUGGAGCAGAAGCCGUUUGUGUGUGGCGUGUGUAAGAUGGGUUUCUCUUUGCUCACCUCGCUGGCACAGCACCACAACGCCCACAACAACGGCAACAACCCCAUGAAGUGUUCCAUCUGUGAGAAGACCUACCGCCCGGGCUCUGGCAACAACACCCCCACCUCCUCCGCUGCCAACCCGUCCACCGGCGAGGCCUCCAGUGGCGGGGCAGCGUGCGGAGCCUCCGCCCCUACGGCGUUUGAGGCUUCGGGACCAGACAGGCCCUACAAGUGCUCAGUGUGCCACAAGGGCUUUCGGCAUCUGUCUGAGCUGUCGCGACACGAGCGGGUGCACACGGGAGAAAAGCCCUACAAGUGUGACACCUGUGACAAGAGCUUCAGCCAGUCCUCUCACCUGGCCCACCACCAGCGCACCCACAGCUCAGAGCGGCCCUACAAGUGUGCUGUCUGUGAAAAAUGCUUCAAGCACCGCUCACACCUGGUGCGCCACAUGUACGCCCACUCCGGCGAGCACCUGUUUAAGUGCAAUUUGUGCGAGAUGCACUUCAAGGAGUCGUCGGAGCUCCUGCACCACCAGUGCCAGCCCACAGUGACCUUGGACAGGCCGUUCCGCUGCGGCUCGUGUGGGAAGGGCUUCAAGCGGCCUUCGGAUCUGCGGCAGCACGAACGCACGCACUCAGAGGAACGUCCGUUCCAGUGCGAGGAGUGCCAGAUGAGCUUCAAGCAGCAGUACGCCCUCGUUCGUCACCGCCGCACUCACAAGAACCCAGCCGACCGGCCUUUUAAGUGUAACCUAUGUGACAAGGGUUUCCUGCAGCCCUCCCACCUGCUGUACCACCAGCACGUCCAUGGCAUGGAGAGCCUGUUCAAGUGUGCUUCCUGCCAGAAAGGCUUCAGCCAAUCCGGUGAACUGCUCCGGCACAAAUGCACCGGCUCAGGGUCGGCGUCUGGCUCUGUGACCGCGGCCACGCCGGCGGUGGAGAAGCCCUACAAGUGUGACGUGUGUGGCAAAGGCUACAAGAAGAAGUCGACGCUCCAGCGCCACCAGAACUCCAGCUGUCAGGAGAAGCCGCUGAAGUGCUCCCUGUGCAACCGACGCUUCCUGUCGCCGUCUGAGUUCGUGACGCACCGCUGCGACCCGUCCCGGGAGAAGCCCCUGAAGUGCCCCGACUGCGAAAAGCGCUUCAAGUAUUCCUCGGAGCUGCAACGUCACCGCCGCGUUCACACCGGAGAGAAGCCGUACAAGUGCUCCAGCUGCGACAAGAGCUUCAAACAGCGGGAACACCUGGUGAAGCACCAGGCGGUGCACUCGCGGGAAGCCCAGUUUAAGUGCGUGUGGUGCGGGGAGCGUUUUGUGAACCUGGGAGCCCUCCAGGAGCACACGGUCCAGCACACUGCAGAAGGAGGUGGUUAUCCUGCAGCCCCAUGUAUACAGUGAGCAGGUCUGCUGCUGUUGAGCGUCUGUACAGUGUGAACACACACGGUGACAUGGAACGUUGCCCGCCAGGCAUACAUCAACACUCUCCCUGACACCUUAUUUGUAUAUAACCACACAUUCAUUAUUUACAUUUAGUUACACACCCACAUAACCCCCCUCCCCCCUCUUGCAUAAACAAUGGUAAAACUCUGCUUAAUCCUAACCAUGAAGUUAUUAUUGACACCUUCUUCCUCGCACCAAGGUAAUCAUGACCAUGUUCUGCCCUUCAUUAGUGACUUCCAACUACCCAUCACCCAGAUCAACUGAAAACAGUACAUCAACCACCCAUGACCCAGAUCAACUGAAAACAGUACAUCAACUACCCAUGACCCAGAUCAACUGUGGUCACCUUGUUGGAUGCAGGAAAAAAUGCAACUUGAAAAGGAUGUUCGAAUCUGAAAAGUCAUUGGAAAUGUAUUCAUGUUUGUAACAUCAAAUACUUAAGAGUUGCUUUUUUUUUUUUUUAAAUGGUGAGAAAUUAAAUGUUUAAGGAAAUUGUUGGGAGGGAGAGUCUUAUUCUCUGACUCCUUUAUGGUCAUAUAAUUUCUUUGCUGUGGUUUGGUUCAAGUUUUAGCCACACUACGCGUUGAACUCCCCCUUAACCCUCUGGUUGGCUGUUAGUAAUACCCAAUAAGCCCCACCCCUCAGACUUAAAUAUACGUUUCUGCAUGAGUAUAUUUAAGCAAUAUGGCCCGAGGGGUUGUGGUAUAUAGCCAAUAUACCACGGCUAAGGGCUGUUCUUAUGCAUGAUGCGAUGCGGAGCCCUUAGCUGUGAUAUUUUGCCCAUAUACCACAACCCCCUUGAGGUGCCUUUUAUAAACUGGUUAUCAAUGUAAUUAGAGCAGUUCAAAUACAUGUUUUGUUAUACCUGUAGUAUACCACGGCUGUCAGCCAAUCAGCAUUCAGGGUUCAAACCACCCAGUUUAUAAUUGUGAAAUACGUUUAUAUUUAGCAUCACUGUUGUACUGUAGUAGCUUAGGUUUGCUUAAAAAAUGAAAAAAAAAUGUGACAAGUUAUAUCUUGUGUCCUCUUUGUAAAUCUGUGGUAGAUAAACUGUGGCAUCUCUGUACUAUAAUGAACAGCAACUACUGUAGUAUGUGUCAAUGGGAAUAUUUCCCCACAUUCUGGACUACUUUGGCUCCCUAUGUCAUAGAAAGAAACACCAUACCAUAUCUCUCUGUCAACGUGGGGGGCUCCCGAGUGGCCACUGCAUCUCAGUGCUAGAGGCGUCCCUACAGACCCUGGUCCGAUUCCAGGCUGUAUCACAACCGGCCGUGAUUGAGAGUCCCAUAGGGGGCGGCGCACAAUUGACCCAGCAUCGUCCGCGUUUGGCCGGGGUAGGCCGUCAUUUGUAAAUAAGAAUUUGUUCUUAACUGACUUGCCUAGUUAAAUAAAAUGUACACAGGGAAUGAUGCUCACACAACCUCUGAAUCCUAUAUGUACUGUUUGUACAUAAAUAUUACAUUCUAACAUGUUAACAAACUUGGUGGUAGAAGUUAAAUGUGUUGAAGAACUGAUUCUGCUACCUGCUUUUCUACCCAGUUGAGAUUGUUUGUGUUGUAUUUAAGCAAAAGAGGUGUGGAGGACAUACUCCGGUCCAGUGGCUUUGUCCUCCGACAGGUGGCAUCACUCCUACACAACGCUCGUCCCUCAACCGACAGAGCAGACAGUUAGUCGUAAAGACAACGGCCCAGUGGCUUUGUCCUCCGACAGGUGGCAUCCCUCCUACACAACUCUCGUCCCUCAACCGACAGAGCAGACAGUUGGUCAUAAGACAACGGCCCAGUGGUUUUGUUUAAACCAGUAAUGUCUACAUCUGGAUUUCAAAGUGUUAUCGCUUCACCUAGCAGUUAUCAUGUGAUUAAAAACCCCCAAUCAAUCUCUUUAUCAUGACUUCCAUUUGGACACGUUGGCCUCGGUUUGUGCCUACGAGGUCUUCAUGUAAACCCAGCCAAGUUAGAGUCCCAAUUGCACAAAUUGUUCCUCAGUUGCCCCUGAAAUAGCUGUGCAAGGACUUUUAUGUUAGUAAGUCUAAAUGUUGAGGUGGAGAAGAAGGAAUAAAAAGUAUGUGAUUAUGUAUGCAAGUUUAUACAUUAUGGUUUUUUUUAUAUUGUUUUAUGAUAGUGUAUUUAAAAAAAAAAACUAGAAAAAAAUAACAUAUGCUCACAAUGUGUAUUUGGAAUGAGGAUAUGAAACUGAAAGGUUAGGAGUGAGAAUGUCAUGUGGUGGAUUCAUCCUAAAUGGCACCCUAUUCCCUAUGUAGUAUACCAGGGCCUCGGGUCAAAAGUAAUGCACGCUAUAGUGAAUAGGGUGCAACUUGGGAAGAAGUUGAUGUUUGAACUGGGUGGGAUGAUGAGGUAGUCAAGCACUUGUGUCUGCAGUUAGGCUAUGAGCGUGUUUGACAUUGCAGCCAUUUUUUUUUUUUUAAAGGUGUGACUGACUAAUCUACAAAUCACCUUGAAUCAUAAUUAACUAGUCAAAUGUUAGUUGCAGGUCCGGUCACAAUUUCCCCACGAUGCAUCACGGUUUAGAUGCGCUCGACAGGCCUAAGCCUUCUGCAUGCCAAUGCUGGUCAAAUAUGUCCUGGUCUGUGCUUCUGCCUCUGCUGCCCUCAAUCUUUGUCAACUGGGAGAUAUAGAUGAUGACAUCAGUCUGUGUGGCUUAAUCUGUGUAGGCUACAUUCAAUCUUGAAUGAUAUGUACAGUAUAUCAUGUUCAUAUACACACUGCACUAACAAAAUAAACGAAUCUUACAAUA